CAGCACGCCAGCUGCGUGGGUGGCCCUGUCAUACGUCAUGUCGGCCGUGAAACUGAUGCUAGUGGAUUUUUCCGGACUCCGCUGGAAAGGCUCGCUGAAGUAUCCUCAGCAUCGUGACGCGAUGCUCUUCGUCGAUAAGGCGAGAAGCGGUGGAGACAAACUUCUGGAAGGCAGUAGAUGCCCACAAUGCAGUGUAGACACCGGCGGGCUCGGGGCAGCGACCGUUGACCUCGUGCACAUUGUCGACAUCCGACUGGACCGAGACGUGAUUUUCAACGAGGUGAAGGCGAGAUUCGACGACCUGGACAGUCAGUACUCCUUCCCUUGCCCGACGGAUCCUUCCCAGGAGGAGGGAGAGUUGAUUCGAAAGAUCGACGACGUGGCCACAGCUGUGAAGGGGGGAUUCGCAAAGGUGGAAGGGGGGAUCAGCAACCUAAAGGGCGAGAUGAAGGGGGGGGUCGACGACACCAACGCCGAGUUGCGUGGCGUGAAGAAGGAAGUGAAGGACGGGUUCAGCAUGAUAUCGGGAAGGCUGGACAAGGUGCUAGGGAGCACCCAGGAAAGCCUCAUGCGCAUCAGGAACUUGCAGGCCCCGAACUACCGUUUCCCUCGCCUUGUGGUCGUCAAGGAGGUUGGAUCUGAUGGCACUGCAUCGAAGGCUCAUGGUAAGAAGAGCAUGCUGAGCAAGGUGCGUCGCUGGGGGAAGAAAGAUAUGACACUUCACUUCUUGUGCCCGGUCNUCCCUCGCCUUGUGGUCGUCAAGGAGGUUGGAUCUGAUGGCACUGCAUCGAAGGCUCAUGGUAAGAAGAGCAUGCUGAGCAAGGCCCCGAACUACCGUUUCCCUCGCCUUGUGGUCGUCAAGGAGGUUGGAUCUGAUGGCACUGCAUCGAAGGCUCAUGGUAAGAAGAGCAUGCUGAGCAAGGUGCGUCGCUGGGGGAAGAAAGAUAUGACACUUCACUUCUUGUGCCCGGUCGACAUGACAAAGGUGCCGCGCGGCUAUGGUGGUGAAGGCUAUCGAUUUCAGGAGAAGCGUAGUUGGGGGAAGAAAGUAUCGCCUGUCCUUCAGGCGUGGGCUGAACGUGGAUAUCUCGGAUUCCUGAAGGACGUGACAGAUGGGUUGGUCAAUGAGCUUGUCGACCGGACUCUCGACGAGGAGACGCUGCUCCGUGCUAUUUCGGGUGACGACAUCGGCGCAGAGUUGCAAAGGGAUACGAGGACCUCGUAUGAAGCGCUGAAGAAGUUCAUGGACAAGGAACAAGUUGACAGGGUCAAGAACGCCCGGGAUGGUUAUGGCUACAUAGACUUCAGGGACGAGAUGAAGCGUGUCAACGACGGAAGGGGCGGGAUGGUGUGGGUUCGGAAUGACAAUGUUCAAAAGUGGUUGGACUCGCGUUCGAUUGCUGCUCCAACUCGCUAGACGUCGGUCUUGUUAGGUGCAGCGUAUGGACUUGAAACCACCCUAACCGCAUUAUGUCCCUUUGGCGGACGUUAUUGUACCCAAAGGGUCCAGACUACCAUUGGGUAUUACCAUGAGGGGAUAAGUCGACUUGAGAGAAAGAGCGCAUCUCGUUCUGUGGUUUGUCGUUUGUCGGUGCCUGUCCGUCAAGUUCACCCGAAACACCGGGGCUUGGUAGAAGGGGUGGUUGUCCAGUGUCCCGAGAAUCCACGCAUUCCGGUAGCUUAUG